GUGCUGCAAACUGACCAACUGAAGACACGGAUGCGGGAUGUGUUGUUGUGGACAAGAGCGGACCACCAAGCGGCACGAUAGACAGUGAUGGUAGCUGGAAGAUUGGACGAGAAAUGAAGCGGAAGGCCACAAGCAGAAGAGACAAUGGGGGAACACCGACACUAGCACAGAGGGGGAGGGGAGGAAAUGGGAAGGGGGGAAGAACACCAAUGGCACGUGGACGAGGGAGAGGACGGGGGAGGGGGCAGGGAGGAGCAGCAAUGGAUGGCCCGGGGGAAACACGAGGGAAAAUUGGUGGAAGCGAAGGGGUUCAGAGGCGCAAUCGCCGACAUGGAGAGACUGCUGUGGCAGAAAUACGGCGGUUGCAACGCAGCACAGACCUUUGCAUCGCUUACAGACCAUUUGUAAGGCUAGUGAAGGAGAUUGUGCAGAAAGAAGAAGUUGCAACAAAUCUAAUGCGGUUCCAGAUGCUUGCAAUUGGUGCACUUCUCAAGACGGACUCAGAAAAAGAUAAAAAAAUGACGGCAAUGACGGUGGAACAAGUGGAGAAAGCUGAGAGAGAGGUGAUGAAGUACGUGACAGAGGGAAUCCAUUAUGACAAUGAGGACGAGUUGAGACUAUUACGUGAAAGAGCACCGGCGUACUUCAACGUCACCUUGGACAUCCAGAGGUCAAUAGCAGCCAACGGAGAGAGAUCGACGAGAGCGCAGCAGUUGCUGCAUCGCUUACAGCAAAGUGCGUACGUGGCUAAAGACGAGACGUUGCCAUGUUGCUCUGCGUACACCCUUCAGCGAGUUGUGGAAUGGAUGUGUGAUGACGAAGACAUCGACAAGAGUAAGAGAGAGGGAGGUGGUUUUUACGACAGAUCGGCGUUCAAGAAGUUUGUUACAUCUCGGGCGAAGGAAGCUCGAAUGUUGAAGACAGAAGCGCAUGACAUAUUAAAGAGUAAUGCAGCGGAGAUAUUGACACUCAACAGGAUGAACGAGCUACCUCAAACAGACUCUGUUGACUACCAAGAUUUGGCAACAGUGGUGGUGGACGAUGUCGAGUACGUCUUGCUCGAUCAGAUUAUGGAUUUCAUGUUGAAAACAAACAAUGAUACAAAUUUGAUUCACGAGGCCUUACACGAGGUGACAGAGGACGCAAUAGCAGCAGCAGAGCUUGCUGAUGUCGAGAGCACAAAGGAUGAAAAUCAACUAGUGUCGAGGACUCCAAUAUGUCAGGGGGACAUAUUCACAGUCCUGGAGGACCUCACCAGGGCGUCAACGGAAGCGGAUAGAAUGAGCAAAAGAAUGCAAGGAUGGUAAUUGGUUGUUGCGAAAGUAAUCAAUGUGACACACCAUA